AUGGGAAAAGUUCACGGAUCGUUGGCUCGUGCCGGAAAAGUUAAGGGACAAACCCCCAAGGUUGAGGCCCAAGAAGACAAGAAGAAGAUGCCCAGAGGAAGAGCCAAGAAGCGCUUGCAGUACAACCGUCGCUAUGUCAAUGUUGUCACUGGAAUGGGAGGCAAGAAGGUCGGACCCAACUCCAAUGCCGACAAGAUGAAAUAA